CCACAUAGUAGUACAGUACACAGGUAAGGACACGGCACGUUCUGCCAUGUUUGGGAGGUGUUCUUGUUACUGGUGUUCAUCCUUCUAUUAGAAGGAUAGCCAAUAGAAGGAUAGCCACUGUCCUUUCCAUCUUCAGUUGUAUGAUUUGCCAACUAGAUUGUUGCUUUUUCCAGUUUUGAGGAUGGCGGAGUUCGAUCUCCCUCGUAGCUGGUUCCUGAUAGUUGCGACGUGGUUACUGAUGAUGACUGGCAGCUAUUGGCUGGGAGUCUACACCGUCAACUAUGGACUUGAUGACCGAAGAGUAAGAAACGCAAGAAGUCUGAGUCUGCUGCAGCAAGUUCAAGGCGGACCGAUAAAACAGUCCGCAGCCGACUCACCACAGCGUCAGCAGCGGAUGAAAGUAGUCCCCAGUCCGGACGGGCCGUGGCACGGAGACAACGACUGGAGGAACAAACAUUUCAAGACGGCAGAUGAUAUCAGAAAAUACAUAAACACGGUCUUCAAACUCGACCGGGACAUAGUCUCCUUUUCCAACUUCGACCAAGACACGGAGAAGUGCCACAAACACGGGAAGCCUUACACGGACUGUCGGGGAGAGACUCCCGUCGUACGACAGAAGUCGUGUGCGAUCGUAGGGAGUAGCGGCAUCAUCCUGAACAGCAGCUGCGGACGCGAGAUCGACCAGCACGACUUCGUCCUGCGAUUCAACUUCGCACCGCUAGAGGAGUUCAAGGAUGACGUCGGGACGAAGGUGGACCUUGUGGUCCUCGGCACGUACAAGCUGCACAUCUACAGCAACAGCUUCGCGCCUGACGCCGAGGAUAAGAAGAAGAAAGAAGCUCUGAGCGUCAAGGUACAAGGGAAAGACGAGAUCUUGACUAGACUCAGGCAGUUUAACAACACCAUCAUCUUCUACCCGAAGCCCCUGUACGAACUGGAGAUGGGCGUGCCUACCGGACCGAACCUGAGACUACAACAGCUGAUGGAGAUAUUAGAAGAGCACCAACUCCGCGCAACGAUGGCGUACAACCUGGUCACUCUAAAGGACCUCACAGUAGAGAUGCUUCAGAAGCUUUACCCUGACGCAGAAGCGCCAUCUGUCGGUGUCAUCGCGUACCUCAUCGCGCUGACGUUCUGCGACCAGCUGGACCUGUACGGCUUCUACCCGCUGGACUACGACCCGUGGAACCGCACCGUACUGUUCCACUACCAUGACGACCCCCUUCCCGGACAUGGACUGUUCCCAAAACCACAUCACUACAACACCGAGUACGAAUUCAUGCGCGAACUAGACGCAAAAGGCGUGUUUACGUAUCAUAUUGACAAAUGUACAUAGCAUCCUGAUUGCAUUUUGUGUGCAGAUACAUAGGUUUGCUUUGGUGACAAUAUUUCUAUUCUUGGUUGUUAACGUUUAACGCCCAUCAAACUGCUUCCCCUCACGCACGAGAUCAUAUUGCAUUGUUUGGUAGGCACUGGUAAGCUAUACUCAUUAAAUGAAAAUUAGACCUAUGAGAGAUAGAAUAGAAAAGAAUAGUAACGAUAAAAAUAGAAUAGCAUGGUACAUGUAAACUGGUACUGUAGGGUUAGUUUUUUUACUAGAUCCAGGUUCAUCUCGUAUAACAUGAGCCUAAAAGAUACAAUAUCAUAGUUAUGAUUAAAAUAGACAGACAAAAAUAAGAAUGUUACUGUGCUACUACUGCUGCUACUAGUACUACUAGAAAUCCUAACAAUCCAUGAUAAAAAUAAUUUAGUUUAACUCUUAUUACUUACUUCUACCGCUAUUUCUACUUCAUGUACAUGUAACUAUGUAUAAUAAUUUCAGAAGCUAUAAACCUUUUCUGGUACAGAUAUUAUGUUGAGCUUUGAUAUUAUAAGAUACAUUCAAGUCUACACCUCGCAGAAACCACAGUUGACUGUGUACUCAAUCUAAUGAUUUAUCACUGCACAGUUAUCCAGUGAUUCACAAUUGAUUCACAUAGUAAGUGAUGUGAGAGGUUCUAAAUUACAUUACAGGAAUGUCUUAGCAAUGUCCAAUGUCAUGGUAAGGCCACACCGACUUGAUUUUAUAGAAACCCUGAAACUAAAAAAAGAAAAAUGCAACAAAAAUAAAAA